UGUUGUGGUAGUUGGCGCCAAAAGUUAAGAAGACGAGUGAGAGAUUGAGUCUCCCUUAUUUCUCCCUCAAAUACACCCCUGAGAACCUCCAAACCUGCCCUGAAUCACCCUCAUGGCCUCCAAGACUCGCGACUACGAACAAGAGAAAGAGGCAAUCAAGCGAUUCCUGGCAGAGUUCCACGACGUUGGUGAUGAUGGUCGUAAACACUUCAAAUACGCUGCCCAGCUGGUCAAACUCGCUCAUCGCGAGCAAGUUGACCUCACCAUUGAAAUUGACGACAUUGUGGAGUUUGACCCUGAUAUGGCCGAGGCUAUGGUUCAAAACAGUCGUAGGUACAUCAAUCUCUUCUCUGAGGCUGUCUACGAACUACUACCAGACUACAAACAGAAAGAGACAGUGGCGAGGGAUGCCCUGGAUGUGUACAUUGAACACCGGUUAAUGAUGGAACAACGACUGCGUCAACCUGGCGACUCCCGCGACCCUCGCAACUCUUAUCCACCAGAGUUGAUAAGGAGAUUUGAAGUGUACUUCAAAGCACCAUCUACUCAGAAGGCACUGUCUAUCAGAAGCGUGAAGGCCACGCACGUGGGGAAGUUAGUGUUGGUUCGUGGCAUCGUGACCAGGUGCACGGAAGUCAAGCCUAUGAUGCAAGUUGCAACCUACACCUGUGACCAGUGUGGUGCAGAGACCUAUCAACCAGUACAAUCGUCCAGCUUCAUGCCACAGUUGUUGUGCCCCAGCGAGGAUUGUCGUGUCAACAAGUCCGGUGGACGAUUGUACCUUCAGACGCGAGGAUCCAAGUUCAUUAAGUUCCAGGAACUUAAAGUUCAGGAACACUCUGACCAGGUACCAGUUGGUAACAUCCCGCGCUCCCUGACAGUGAUGUGUCGCGGCGAACAGACGCGACUGUGUCAACCUGGUGACCAUGUUGCCAUCACUGGCAUCUUCAUGCCGCUCCUGCGUCAGGGAUUCCGCGCCAUCAUGCAGGGUCUGCUGUCUGACACCUACCUGGAUGCUCAUCGUGUGGUGCGGAUGAACAAGACAGAGGACGACGAGCUAGGAUCGGAGGACCUGACAGAGGCGGAGAUCAAGUUAAUAGCAGAGGACGACUUUUACAAGAAGCUGGCCACGUCCAUCGCCCCAGAGAUCUAUGGCCACGAGGACAUCAAGAAGGCCAUAUUGCUGUUGCUGGUCGGGGGGGUCGAUUGCAACCCCAAUGGAAUGAAGAUCCGUGGGGCCAUCAACCUGUGUCUCAUGGGGGACCCCGGGGUGGCCAAGUCACAGCUCCUGGCCUACGUCGACCGCCUGGCCCCGAGGAGCCAGUACACCACCGGCCGGGGGUCAACCGGGGUCGGCCUGACAGCAGCAGUCAUGAAGGACCCCCUGACUGGGGAGAUGACCCUGGAGGGUGGGGCUCUUGUCCUGGCUGACCAGGGUGUCUGUUGCAUCGACGAGUUCGACAAGAUGGCCGAGGCCGACCGCACAGCCAUACACGAGGUCAUGGAACAGCAGACUAUAUCCAUUGCUAAGGCAGGUAUAAUGACUAGCCUAAACGCCCGCGUGAGCAUCCUUGCGGCGGCGAAUCCUGCAUAUGGUCGCUACAAUCCUAAGAAGACUGUAGAACAAAAUAUUCAGCUGCCUGCAGCUCUCCUGUCUCGUUUCGAUCUACUCUGGCUGAUACAGGAUAGACCGGAUCGAGAGAAUGAUUUGAGACUGGCUCAACACAUCACCUAUGUGCACCAACACUGUGCACAGCCACCCACACAGUUUAAACCACUGGAUAUGAAGGUGAUGAGGCGGUACAUCUCUCUUUGUAAGAAGAAGCAACCCAAGAUCCCAGAGUCGCUGACUGACUACAUAGUGUCAGCGUACGUAGAGAUGCGUAAGGAAGCGCGCAACAGCAAGGACAUGACCUUCACCUCAGCACGCACACUGCUGGCUGUGCUGAGGUUGUCCACGGCCCUGGCCAGGCUCAGGCUGGUCCAUCUCGUAGCAAAGGAGGACGUAAAUGAAGCGAUGCGACUCAUGGAGAUGAGUAAGGACUCGCUGAACCACACUGAUGACAAGAAUACAAGAGCACAGACAGCCACAGACAAGAUCUAUGCACUGAUUUGUGAGGUGGCAGGAGAAUCACACAUGGUGAAGCUAGCAGAUGUUGUGGAGCGGUGUACUAGCAAGGGCUACAAGCCAGACCAGGUAACAGAGUGUAUAGAAGAGUACGAGGAACUGAACGUCUGGCAACUGAACCAAGCUAGGACUAAACUCACCUUUGUAUGAUACACUACUACUGUUGCUAUUACUACUACUACUGCUACAAUGGCUACUGCUACUACAACUAUAACUACUACAAUUACUAUUAUACAAAAUUCUGUGUAAAGUUAGUCUGAUUACUAGCCUAACUUACCACUAAGGUGAAUAAACAAGAGAAUGGUUGACUGACUGUUUGUAUGUGUUUCUUCUGUGUGUAACACUGCCUUAGUAAGUGAAACUAAGACAGUGGUUGACUGACUGAUGGUUGAUGUUUCUUCUAAGCAAUGGUCCUUGAAAUAGAAGAGUUUUAAACCAUUGUAUUAAAGUUUUAUAUGUAUUUUGUACUAUUUUUGAAGGGAUAGUCUUUGAAAUAGUUACUAUCCUGGUGUUCAAUAAAGAAUAAGUCUUUA